AUGACUCAGCACAAUGUAACAAUUAAUAAGGAUGGUAAAAAUUACACGCUUGCAGUUUAUAAGGAUAAUUCAACAGGACCACGACCAGAAUCGUACAGGGAAGAUAUGUUGAAGGCAAAACACUUUACAACUGAAAAUGACAAAGAAAAUUUUUAUUCAGAGAUCAAGGCGGCAGCUGAAUCUGGUUGGGAUUUUUCGAGCCGUUGGUUCAUCCUAAAUGGAACAAGUGAAGGAAAACUUGUCAAUUCGAAAACUAGGUCGAUCGUACCGGUGGAUCUCAAUUCAAUAGUAUAUUGGAAUGCCAAGUUAUUGAGUGAUUUCUAUAGAAAAAUAAAUAACACCAUCAAAGCCUCGGAAUAUGAAAUAGUUUCUUUGCAGUGGAAAGAAGCAUUAACGGAAGUUCUUUGGGAUGAGGAGGUGGGAUCGUGGUUUGACUUCGAUUUGAUCAAUAAUAUAAAACGAAAAGAUUUUUACCCAACAAAUAUAUCACCUUUAUGGACGGGCUGUUAUGAUGAGAAAAAAACAGAAUACUUUGUGACAAUGGUCCUUAAAUACUUAAAUAAAACAGACAUACUGGAAACAAGUGGGGGUAUGCCGACCACUUUGAGGUCAACGGACGAGCAGUGGGAUCAGCCCAAUGCAUGGCCUCCUCUCCAAUAA